AGUCAUAUUCUCAGUUCUGUCUUCCCUCCCAUUGAGGCACAACUGCACCUUUUAGUCAGACAGCACAUCCGAAGGUGAUGUCUGAUCAUUCAGAGCAGAAAGAAGAUGAUCAGGGUUCGUCCGGCUCCUCUGGGAUUUCAGGGGCCGAAACUGACCGCUAUGGAUUCCUACUGGGCAAUGGAGAUACAAACAGCAACAGUGAUGAACCGUGCCCCCAGUUGGUGAGACAUCGUGAAAUGAAAUGGCUCAGCCUCAUGAACCAGUGGGACCAGGCGCUAGAAAAGAAGACCAGCAAGAUCAAAGGACAGUGUCAGAAGGGCAUUCCAGCAUCAGUCAGAGCCAAGUGCUGGCCACUGCUCUGUGGAGCCACACACAGGAAGAAAAAGAACGAAAAACUGUAUGAGACUCUGGAAAAGGCCCCUGGUCAGCAAAGUUGGAUUGAUGUGAUCAAAAGAGACACAGACCGGCAGUUUCCUUUCCAUGAGAUGUUCCUGAACAAGGAUAGCCAUGGUCAGCAGGGCCUGCUGCAGGUUCUGAAGGCGUACACUCAGUUUCGGCCGGAGGAGGGCUACUGUCAGGCCCAGGGACCGGUGGCAGCAGUGCUACUAAUGAACAUGCCCAUAGAGGAGGCUUUCUGGUGUUUGGUGCAGAUCAGUGAACUCUACCUCCCCGGUUACUACAGCCCCCUGCUGGAAGGAGUUCUGUUUGAUGCCGCACUUCUCUCAGGCAUCCUAAAAAGAACGUGUCCAGCUGUGUAUAAACACCUGCAGAGCCAGGGGGUGGAGCCUCUCAUGUUUGCCACGGAUUGGCUGAUGUGCCUGUACAGCCGCCACCUGCCCUUCAACACUCUCCUCAGAGUCUGGGACCUUUUUUUCUGCUAUGGUGUCCGUGUGCUGUUUCAGGUUGCAGUGGUUCUGGUCCGCCGCUGUCUGGGGGAGACACGGCAGCGGAAGGAGUGCGAGGGACAGAUGGAGACUUUGGAGCAACUGCGUGCUGUUAGGGGGCGUGUCCAACAUGAACCAGCUGACAGCUUCAUCCAAGAGGUGUGUUCUGUUCCUCUGUCUUCGGGGGACCUCCAGCGACAAACCGAGAAAGAGCUGAAGAAAUGGAAGAAAGAGCGUCCGGGCUCAACGUUUGACCCUCGGCAUCGGUGCCAUGGAUAUCACAUGGUGUGGGAGAAAGGUAGAGAAAAGGAAAAGGAGCACGAUAAGAAAGAGAAACUGAGUGGGAACCUAACCGUUCCCCUGUCACGCUCGCACUCAUCUCUCACUCCCACACUUCUCCGGAGAAAAUGGAGGAAGGGAGGGAGCAAAGUGGAGACAGAGGAGUGGGAAGGAGGAGGGCGGCGGUUCUCCCAUGGCGUAAAAGAGGAGAGCUUGGAUAGAGAGCAAAGGACCAGGAGCAUGUGCAGCAUGGCUGAGGAGUUCACAACAAGCAGAGACAGUGUUACAAAUGAGCCUGAAAAACCAUUCAAGAAAGACUGCAACGCGUUUACGGACCCACGUCUCAGACAGAGUGGACAACCAGACACCUGGUCCAGUUCUGACCUGUCAGAUCAAAGUGCACCUGUUUUUGAUGAAGAGGAGGAGAAUGAAGUAGAUAUCCCCACUGACCCACCACAAAUUGUGAUGCACACAGAAUGUGGUGGGCAGGAACAAGAGGCAAAGACUUGUCCAAUCAUCUUCAAAGACGAAGAGUUACAAAACACAGGAAUGGGAGAACAGGGAAUGGAAGCACAAGCAGAUACCUGUUUGUCACGAGACAGUGUUCAGAUGCAGAGAGACAACGAAAAAGAAGAAAUUCAGACAGAGACAAGUGGACAGGAGAAGGAGAUGCCCAUGGAUCAAGAGGAAAAAGGAGACAGAGAACAAGUUGAGGAAUCACAGCAAGAAGAGGAAACACAUGGCACAAGUGAUCAACACACGGAGGAUACAGAGCGAAAACAGAUAGAAGAAACAGAACUGACAGGAGGAGAAGGAGGUAACAUAAAGAAAGAGGAAAUACAGAUCAGUGUUUGUGAACAACCACAAGACAGCACUAAACUGAAGGAGCAGAAAACCGAGAUGGACAACCAAAAACAACUGGAGGAAAUGGAGUCACUUAUCAAGCAACCCGAAGGGGAAAUUUUUGAAGAAAUUGAGGUACAUGAAGACAGCAUGAAACAACCUGAGUUACAGGAGGAAAAGGAAAUGCAUACAGAAAGCAGGGAACAGGUAGAUGAAAUGGAAGUACAGGAAGCAAAGGAAGAAAAAAUACACCAGGAAAAUAGUACACAAGAUAUGGAAGAGGAGGACAUAGAGCCGAAAGACUGUACAGAUUUUGACAGUGGAGAAGUAAAGCAAACACAGAUAAACAGCAAUAAGGAGGAAGCAGAAGUAUUGAUCAGCAGUCAACAUUACAAAGAUGAAGAAGAUCAAGACUUGCCUGAAGGGAAGUCACAGCAAGAGAAAGACCUUGAGGUCGCAAAUGAAGGGCUGGAGACUCUAAAAACAUCUGAGGACCAAGAGCACUUACCUUUCCCUUCUCAGGAGGUGGACAUGAGUCAAACAAACCUAAAUCUUGAAAGGGAGCUUCCAAAAGAGAUGGAAGCAACAACAACUGACAGUCCUGAGAGAUCCAACAGAAGGAAUGAGGAAGCAAACGUAGAAGACACAGAAGUAAAGGACCCAAACAGGGAUCACACAGUAGUUAAGGAGAUAUUACAAAGGACAGAAUCAGAACCCUUAGAAACAUCAGAUACUUUUCAAGUGGUGGGAAGUUCUUCCAUUCCACAGUUGGAAGAGAUGCCUAACGUUGAGGUUAAUCACAAAGCAGAUGAAAAUGAACUGACAUUACAAACAAGGACAGCGGAAUCUUCUGUUCCGCCACAUGUACAGAAAGAGACAGAACUGGAACCUUCGAGAACAUCAUCAUCAGAGUGCCCUCAGGAGGUGCAGUGUUCUCCACAGAGAGAGGACAGCUUAAACUUGGAGGCCAUUCGCAAGGUAGAUAAAGAAGGUGCACAACUAGAACCUUCACAAAUAUCAGAGUCUUCUCAGGUGGUGGACUCUCCUUCACAGGAGGAAAACAUGGGCAUGGAAGUCACAACAAUCCCUGAAGUCCAACCUGGCAUCGCCAAGCAAGAUGAAUGCAGUACAACUGGUGUAUCAGGUAGCCCAGAACCCAAAGUCGUAGUGCCACAAAACACAGAAAUACAAAAUGAUCCUGUUUCAGUGCAAUCCGAGUCAACCACCCCUGCAAACACUUCAAGACCUAAUUCCACAGGUUCCUCCUCAAAUCCUCACACUCACCUUCGCCUUCGCAGGUCUUCCAGUUCUCAGUGCUCUCAUCCCACAAUCCUAUCUGAGGACACCUUCAAGGAUCCACACAACGGCAACGAGCAAGGACUUAAGGAUAAGCAAGAAUACAAAGCAGAAUGCGAAGCAGCAUCUACAAUAAACCUUGCACAGCAACCGCAGACACCAGAACCUGGCACAUCAAAAGAAACGCAAGUCCACAAAGGCAAAACCCAUACUCUCCCUCAGGCAGGCAAACCCAAGCGCAGGGGUCUGUUCCAACGCUUCAGAGGUGAGACACCGCCAAAAUCUCCUGUCCCCAAAAUCGUCAUCCAGGACUUUAGUGAGGGUGACGAGAAGCUGAGCUCUAAAGAGAGGAGGCGGCGGAGGAGGGAGCAGGAGCGCAAAGAGAAGGAAGAGGAGAAAGAGAGGAAGAAACGAGAGAAAGAACUGGAAAAGGAGAAGGAAAAAGAGAGGAAAAAGCCUCAGACACGGGGGAAGAGCUUCCAGGUGCCCAGUAAGAAGGAUGACGAUAGUGACAGUAGUGCUUAUAAAAGUGGCUCUCAGACAUUAAGGUCGAAAAGGAACUCGGAAAGUUAUUUCUGACUGAAUGGAGUACAUUGAUUUGAUCUUUUUUUUGUCUUUCUGACACAGUGUUACCAACAUGGUCUUGAUUACAGAAAUACGUUUGUACAUCUUUAAUGAAAGUUGAGUACAAUGAUCUAUCUAAGAGUGACGUAUUGGUUUCAUCACUGAUCCAUUUUAAAAAAUACAAACAAAAACCAGAUUCACAGAACAAUUAAAAGGAAGGAAUUGUGUAGUAAGUCUCUGCGAAGGCUUUUGGAAAUUAAUCCUUCCCCAUUAUACAUAUUUUCUUUAUUUUCCACUGUGCAGCUUUCCUCUUUUUUCAGUCUCUGUCUGACAUUCACAGUUCCUUUUCAUAUGAAUCCCUACUGGCCAAUACGGUCACUCCUCUUGUUUUUCGUUGUCACUGUCGCUGGCGAGCACUUCCUGGCCCUGUAUCGUCUGGUUGGUCAGCUGGGAGGAUGCUGGCAGCACCGAGCCAAAGAAAAGUGAGCAGAACUGAAAACAGAAUAUGAGUGCAUGGUUAAUAAAGCAAUGUGUUGGCGGGUCA